AUGACCGACAAAACUGAAGCUGAUGCUGAACUUUCUUAUGAUGAGCUUAUGGAUAUUAUAGUUAACAAUAAACCCGUACCAAAUGUUAUAGAUGUUCCAGAUAUAGUUCUUGAUCAAUCGCUUGUGUCCGAAGCACACUUACAACCUCGAUUGAAGCCCUGGGAGAAGGCAGAUACUGUACCUGUUAUGGGAGGAUUGGUUAGACAGAAAGAGGAGACAAGAGGAUUGGUACAAAAUGUGGAGCAAGUAAAGAAAUCAAACUCAUUAGAGAAGUUAACCAACUAUUACGCCUUGGAAGCAGAGUUCCAAAGGCAGCUAAAAAGCGGAGAUUUGCUCUCAAGUACUAAAAAUGGUAAUAAAAGUACAAAUUCACUGCUAAACCUCAAAUCAAACGGAUCUUAG